CCCUAGGAGCCACCACUCCACCACAGGCCAGAGACAUGAUGUACCGGUGCACCUCUCUCGCCUCUCGAUACUCACAACCUACCUCAAGGGUUGUAGAGCAUGUCAGAACUCGGGGCAUUAAUAGAUUACGCUCCAAAAGAGAGUAUACAAACCUUCCCAGAAAACCUUCAACGAUGAAUGACUUGCCAACACCACAAGGUUCUUGGGCUCAGAGAAAUGAGCGUGUUCAGAGAAAAUACAACUUGCAGCUUGGAGCAGGCAUUACACUUUUUGGCUUUACUCUGUUUGUGGGCAAGCAGAGUGGGUUGAUUUCAUUCAACUUUGGCCCAGGUAAAUUGAAGUUUGAACAAGCACCUCCUGCUGAAGCAGCUGAGGAGGAGGAGGAACCUGCACCAGCAGAGGAGGAGGCCCCUGCAGAAGCUAUUGAGGAGGCACCUGCUACUUUCACAGAAGAAACACCUGCUGCUGCAGAAGAAGCACCUGCUGCUCCUGCUGAAGAAGCACCUGCUGCUCCUGCUGAAGAAGCACCUGCUGCUCCUUCUGAGGAAGCACCUGCUGCUCCUGCUGAAGAAGCACCUGCAGCUCCUGCAGAAGAAGCACCUGCCCCAGUUGAAGUACCUGUAGAGCCUGAACAAGUUACAGAAGCUGCUCCUGCUGAACCUGAACCCUCAGUCAGUGUAACAGAAAGUGUAGAAGCAGUCAGCAGUGAGCCUGCUCCAGAAAAAGCAGAGUCACCUGCCCCUGUUACCACAUUAGCUGAAGAGACUUCUGUUGAACCAGAACCUGUGGUUACACCUGCAGCUGAACCAGAACCUGUGAUUGCACCUGCAGCUGAAUCAGAACCUGUGGUGGCACCUGUAGCUGAACCAGAGCCUGCACCCUCAGCUGAACCAGAACCUGUGGCUGAGCCUGCACCCACAACUGAGCCAGUACCUUUGGUUGCACCUGCAGCAGAACCAGAACCUGUGGUUGUACCAGCAGCUGAGCCAGAGCCUGUGGUUGAGCCUGCACCCUCAGCUGAAGUUGACCCUGCAGAUGAGCCUACAACCUCAGCUGUGCCAGUAUCUGAGGCUACAUCAGCACCUGUAUCACAAAUGUCUGUAGGAUCGGAAUCUGAAACAGUUGUUGAGAAUGUCACAGCACAGUCAAGCACACCUGAAGUCAAGGUGCUUGCAGCUCCUGAACAUGUACCUUACCUAAUUAUUGGUGCAGGCACAUCAUCUGUUGCUGCCUUUAGAGCCAUUAAAGCUAAGGAUGCCAAGGCCAAGGUGCUUGUGAUAUCAGCUGAGGGAGAGAACCCUUAUAUGAGACCUCCUCUCAGUAAGGAAUUAUGGUAUAGUGACGAUAUUGAUGCCUCCAAAAACCUUCGCUUCAAGCAAUGGAAUGGCAAAGAGAGAAGUAUAUACUUUGAGCAUGAAGACUACUACACCUCUGCUUCUGAGCUUGCAUCCAGAGAGAAUGGUGGCAUCUCUGUCCUUAAAGGGCGUACAGUUGUCAAGUUAGAUGUACAUAAGAAACGUGCCUUCAUGGAUGAUGGAAGUGAAGUUACGUAUGACAAGUGCCUUAUUGCCACAGGAGGUAGUCCUAAAUCCCUGCCAGUACUUGAUAAUGCUGGAGAAGAUGUCCUGAAGAAUGUAACUCUGUUCCGUUCUGUUAAUGAUUACAAACGUCUUCAUGAAGUGGCCCAGGAAGGGAAACACAUCACUAUUGUUGGUGGUGGUUUCUUGGGCUCAGAGCUGGCAUGUGCUCUAGGUCAUAAGGCAAAGACAACCAGUGGUGCAGUAACACAGAUUUAUCCGGAGUCUGGAAACAUGGGCAGGGUCCUUCCUGAAUACCUUUCUAAGUGGACAACAGAGAAGGUCAAGGCUGAAGGUGUAGACAUCAUCACAAAUUCAAUAGUUGAAGGUAUCAAGUCUGCAGAAGAAGGGAAAGUAGCAUUAUCCCUCAACACUGGCAAGGAGGUUGUGACAGAUCAUGUUGUUGUAGCAGUUGGACUUGAGCCAAAUGUGGAGCUAGCACGAUCCUCAGGUCUAGAAGUUGAUGAAACACACGGAGGUUUCAGAGUUAACGCUGAGUUGGAGGCACGGUCUAACUUGUGGGUGGCUGGAGAUGCUGCCUGCUUUUAUGACAUCAAGCUUGGUCGUCGGCGUGUUGAACAUCACGAUCAUGCCAUUGUAUCUGGCAGGUUGGCUGGCGAGAACAUGGCAGGCAAUGGUAAACCAUACUGGCAUCAGUCCAUGUUCUGGUCUGAUCUGGGACCUGAAGUAGGAUAUGAGGCCAUUGGCAUUGUUGACUCAUCAUUACCCACAGUUGGCAUCUUUGCUAAAGCCACUACCAAGGACACACCCAGAGCUGUAGUGGAGGCAACAGGAGAAAGUUUAAGAUCUGAAACAGAACAGGUUGCAGACACAACUGCCUUAGUACACUCCAGUGCUCCUCAUGCUCCUGUCAGAGGUGAAGACUACGGCAAGGGUAUAGUGUUCUACCUCAGAGAUAACAUCGUAGUAGGCAUCGUGCUAUGGAAUGUUUUCAACAGGAUGCCAAUUGCAAGAAAGAUUAUUAAGGAUGGCAAGAGUUAUGAUGACCUCAAUGAAGUAGCAAAGCUCUUCAGUCUACAUUCAGAAUAAUGAAAGUGCUGUAGUUAUCCCUAUAUUCCAGUUUAUUCAAUUAUUUAUUGUUAAUUUUUAUUGGCAUUUAUGUGCAAAUUUAUAGUUUUUGAUGGACACCAGAUAUAUAUAAAGUACACUAAUUGAAUUUUUCGAAAAUGGGUCACAUUUAAUGCCAUAAAUUAAUGUCCUCAUAAGUUUAAGUAUUUAAUGAAGGUGUUGAGUAAAGCCAUAAAACUGUCCAUGUUUUUAACCACAGAUAUAAGGACAGUGUUUCUGCUAUGGUUGCCAAAACUAAGGUCUAAGGGAGAUUGAUUUAGGCUAGAUGGUAAAUCUCUGUAGAAUAAUGUCAGGGAUUUAUAGUCAGACAUUUAAAUUACAUUUGCUUGAAUUCUUAUAUACUGUACAUAACAUUUUCAGGUAUUUUUUAUUGCUGGACUAUACAGAAAAAUAUAGAUGUUGUUUGCAAUGGGAGUGUGUAUAGGUGUAUCAGUGCUUGAAUUAAAGCAUUUAUUUAUGGAGUAGAAGAGAUAAUGUUCUUAUGCUGCCAUUAUAAGACUUGGAGACUUGACCAAAUUUCAAUUAGUAAUUGGAACAUACAACCAAAAUUCUUCAUUAAGAUACUGUACUGUACAAGCUUUAGAUGUCUGAAUCCAAUGAGAACAGUAGUUGAUGGCCUUAACAUGGUGAAGGACGUUUGUCUUAUACUUGUUGUCAAAAUAAGUUUCAUCAGGAAAAUAACUACAGUCAUUCUAUUGCUCAACAAUCUUAUUUUAAUAAUAUUUCAGUAACUUACAUCACUUGGAUCAAAACUGUGUUGAAAUUUGGGUGAUCCUAAUGCCAAGAAUAUUGAAAAAUUCCUUUGAUGUUGAAUGAAUCCCAAUAUUGCCCCCAUAGAAACUAGCCAAUGUGUCUUUUAUUCUCUCACAAGAAUACAGAGUGAAAACUUUAAUACCAUAGCUAGAUCUAGCUGUUCACAGUUUUUUUGGCAGGAAGCUUGCCUGUAUUUAAGUUGUGUAAGGAAAUGUGUAGAAUGGUCAUCCUUGGUGGAUGAGCUCUUUCAUGCUGCCCUUUACACUUUCAUUGUGCUCCUGUCCAUUUCCUCCUGUCAAGGUUUUUGUUGUCAUUGAUCCACCCUAUACGUCUAGGAGCAGAUGAAAGAGAAUUAAUAGAUGGUGUACAGUGUAACUGAUUGGCAGUGCACCUCUCAAAGUAAAUGAAAUACUGUACUGUAAUCACUUUUAAACUAGGUAUUUGUUUAAUCUUAAUUAGGUUAGUGUAAUGGAUUUGACAGUCAAAAUGGUUUUGAUGUGAUGUAUUCAUGAACAAAUGAUAUGUUAGCUAAUUUCUAUGGGAUAUUUUAUUUUAUUUUUUUUUCUGGUUGCUUUCCCAAGGAUAUUGAAUGUUGAUACAAUGAAAGCCACGGAUAUGUUAACCCUCUGGUACUCUUGGCCAUAGUCAGAAAUCUCAACUCCUCGCAAUCUUUCGACACAAAUAGUGUCGUUUACAAUCUCAUGCCCUCACAGUCUCGAUGCAGGUUGCAGUAGUAACAGGAACAGUUUUUCCAUUUUAGUAAAUAUUGGGUCGAGCGAUCCAGACCUAAAUUGCACCCCUAGAGAUGCAUCUGCCACCGCAUGAGGCUAGUGGGAGGAACUUAGGUGGUUAUUAGGGCCGGUCCACUGUUCCUGAGUUUCUACUUAUGGGAGGGGUGCUGUCAGUGUGAGAUACGGCUGAGCAGGAGGGGUUGCGCCAGCAUGGGAGCGCUUAGCGAUGAAUCUGCUUUAAAAGAUCAUGAGUUUGUCUUUAUAGCCUGACAACAAUCCAAAGAGAUACAUGAGUUUACCCAUCAAGUUAAUGGGUUGACUUCUGGUACUGUACUUAUAUAAACAAUUAGUUUAACACUUGUGACAACUGUUCCCUUCACAGUGGGGUCUAGGUGUCAUAAAUUUAAUGUAAAGAGCUAGUCAUGUCUUGGUGUCACAGCAACUUGUGUGUGCAUAUUUCUUUAUCCAUCAUUGAACAUAUUAGAUUUUCAUCACAAGGCCUCGGUCCAACCACCUCCCUGCUUAUGUCUAAGGGUUACUCCUGGCCUCACAAUAAUUCAGUCCAUCUAUCGGGAUAUAGUAAGUACCAUAACAUGCAGGAAGUUAUAUCUUGAAAUGCCUCAUAAAAGGUUCAAAACGCAUAAGAUAUUGCUUGCAAAAGGGUUUUAUGACAAGACCCCGUAAUGUGGGGAAAAAAAUGCAUCUGAUAAGCAAGUGUCACUCCUUGCCUGCAGCCAGUGGGAGUCAGUAUGUAGUGAAUUGUGAAAUAAAUUAGGACACAGGGUUGGAAGACAGUCUGGUCUUUGAUUGAUGGACUAUGGCAUCCAUGGGGUUAGAUUUUUGGGGGAAAAUGUAGCUACAACUGACACUAAACCUUUUGUGGUGGCAUGCUGGUAAGAUUCCUCAGAGUCACAAAGCAAAUAGUAUUUAGCAUCUUUGGGGCUUUUCCAGAAUGCUUUUUGUUUGGUAAACUGGAAUUUGUUUCAGUUUAUAAGGUUAUGGAUUUCCAGUUUUAAAUUUGUAAUGAGAAAUGUGUCUGCUAAUUCUUAACCCAUUUGAUGCAGUUACUGCACCCCAAGUGCUAAACAAUGCCAGUGCAAUUGCCACCCAUAUAUGGUACAUUAAAAAUUUUCAUGCCCAUACUUUGAAUCUUAUUGCUAGAUAGAUUCAUCCCAUGCAGGUAGGCGGUCACGACCCACAAAUUAUCUCUAGCCUGCCAGUGUCUUCUCAGCCAUUGCCGAGAGGAGACAUAUAUUCAAGUCAGAUAUUCUGAGUAUUGUACCACUAAUCCCCUACCCUGCUUUAGGUAAUCCCACCUGACAGUGACAAUGUCAGAUCAUAAACUUUUUGUGUAUAAGCUCCUCUCAUUUAUUGUAAGUUCACUUACUCUGAAGAUGAAAAAAAUGUGUGUGCAGCUACACUCAAAUUGUGGGCAAAUACUGUUAUUUAUUGAAAAAAAUAAAAUAAAAUAAAUUAUUUUUACAUUGUAGGUCAUACUUGUUUUUUUGUACAUAUAUUAUUUCAUUUUUCAACUUUUCCUUCACACUGAUGGUGCAGAUAUCUACUCGGGAUUCACAUUGAAAGAGUCAAACUGUGUUUAUAUACAGUGUGCUUUAGUAAAGAUGACAUAAACUUUUCCACCAAUUUGUCCUUUGAGCCAUUUACAGGAGUAAGUACUUAUUUGGAUCCUUUCGGAGAGUACCUGUGAGAUAGUUCCACGUCACUUGGCCCUUACAAUUAGUUUUUAGAUUCCAAUGGUGGACUAUCUAAAGUCUUUAUUUCCACAAUUGUAAUUAAGAUGUUUGGACUUGCACAGUAAGGUGUUCACAACAUUUAUUAGCUUUCCUGAGAGACAUCCCUAUCCACUCUAGGACUAAAGUCAUGAACAGCUGCAUGGAACCUAUACUAGUGACCUCUGGCAAAGAGGAAAAUCAUAAUUGUAUAAGAUAAGAAGUUUAAAGGUUUUAAAAUUAAAAUAUAAUAUACCAGAAAAAUCACAUGUGGUUAAGUAUCCCCAUUGCAGAUAAAAAUUUAUCUCAUUGCCAGAGGUCACUAGUGUAGGUUCUGUGCAGCUGUCCAUGAUUUUAGUCCUAGGGUGUACAUUCUCUUUAAAUGGGGGUUCUUGGUCUUAGGUAGUGUCCUUUAUCGGGAGUUAUCUAGAUGAGCAGAUAAUGCAAGAACAUUGUGUGGCAUCAGGGAGUUUGUAAGGUUCUUGUGAUAAUUCUAACUGUAACUUCUAGUUGCCUCCUAAAUGAAGUACAGGUGCUCAAUAGCACUGGACCGAUAUCAAACUAUCCUGGGAAACUCCUUCUGUACUUGUGUUGGGCCAAGGGGAUAAGUUCCCCCACCCCCUCCUCCUCCAUUGGGUUCUUUUAUGGAGUUCAGUCAGACUGAGGCCUGUUGGUUGAUAUCAAGUAUAACCACUGACAGACACUGAUUGGUGUUCCUGCAGCUCUCAGCCUUAAGUUGUAUACCCUUACCUCUUGGAACCCUGCCUGAGAGGUACAUUUAUAACAGGAGAAUAGAACAAAUUAUUUAAAUUAGUGCCAGCCUGGCCAUAAUCAUAAUAAAUUAGUCUGGCCUACAACCCACAGACUUGAUGGAUGAAAUCUUGAGUCUCCUUGGCCUGACGCUUCUAUACAAUGGGAUUUCCAGGAUGAUCAAUCUUUAAUUUAUUUUUCUAUGGAUUCCUCCCAGAAACUUCAUCAUUAUGCUGUCUUGGUAGUUCAUUCAUCUUUCUUAUUCCGUGUGUUUAGAAAAUAAUUUAAAAACUCGUCUACAUUAUACAUAUGAAAGUCAUAGAAGUCAAUGAGGGAUUUCAGCAGAUGAAAAACUGUUAUUCUUGAUAUGGGCCAGCAAUUGGUACUUACUAUUGAAAGUAUACUAUCCUGUAUAUGGUCUAUGAAAAGACCUUAAAUCAUAUUGUUUAACACUUCUGUAAAACAAAAUUGUCAAAUGUUACUUUGUUUCUUUAGCAAAGAUUUCUAAAGUUUUAAGAAUCGUUAGGAUUUGCAGAGUAAAACAGCAACCAGUGUAAAUCUUUCUCUAAGUACAGUAAUAGGGUUCAUUAUUGGGAUUUAUGCAUUCCUCAUUACACUUGGUAAAAGCACCUCCCAGAGCUUGUGUCAAAGUGUGGAAGAUUGAGUAAUUGUGGAUUGUAUAUAUGAUGAUGCUGUAGAACACAAAUCAUGCACAGCUUUGUACAUAGUGUAAGAGGCAACAAAUAAAUGCUAGAAUAUCAGUACAAAAUAUUUUGAUAAA